AUGCAGCUGGAGCAUUGCCUAUCUCCUUCUAUCAUGCUCUCCAAGAAAUUUCUCAAUGUGAGCAGCAGUUACCCACAUGCGGGCGGAUCUGAGCUUGCUUUACAUGAUCAUCCCAUUAUCUCAUCCACUGACAACCUGGAGAGAAGUUCAUCUUUGAAAAAAACUGCCAGGGGGAUGACGAAUCAGUCAGAUCCAGACAAUUUUUCUGACUCCAAGGACACACCAGGGGACGUCCAGAGAAGUAAACUGUCUCCUGUCUUGGACGGGGUCUCUGAAAUUCGUCACAAUUUCGAUGGAUCUGCUGCAGAUCGCUAUCUCCUCCCUCAGUCCUCACAGUCCCAGUCUGCUACCUCGGCUCCUACUACUAUGUUCCCUUAUCCCAGCCAGCAUGGACCUGCUCAUCCAGCUUUUUCUCUCGGUAGCCCCAGCAGGUACAUGGCUCAUCACCCAGUAAUCACUAAUGGAGCUUAUAACAGUCUCCUGGGUGGCUCUUCCACGCAAGGAUACCCGGGCACUGGAUACCCCUACACCCAACAGUAUGGGCAUUCGUACCAAGGUUCACCCUUCUACCAGUUCUCUGCAGCUCAACCUGGUCUGGUCCCUGGCAAGGCGCAGGUCUACCUAUGUAACAGGCCACUUUGGCUAAAGUUUCACAGACACCAAACUGAGAUGAUCAUCACCAAGCAGGGAAGGCGUAUGUUUCCUUUCCUAAGUUUUAACAUCUCUGGUCUGGAUCCCACUGCUCACUAUAAUAUUUUUGUGGAUGUAAUACUGGCUGAUCCCAAUCACUGGAGAUUUCAAGGGGGCAAAUGGGUUCCUUGCGGCAAAGCUGACACCAAUGUACAAGGCAAUAGGGUGUAUAUGCACCCAGACUCACCAAAUACAGGAGCCCACUGGAUGCGCCAAGAAAUAUCCUUUGGAAAAAUGAAAUUGACAAAUAACAAAGGAGCGUCCAACAACACCGGGCAGAUGGUUGUCUUGCAGUCUUUGCACAAGUACCAGCCCAGGCUGCAUGUGGUGGAGGUAAAUGAAGAUGGAACAGAAGACACUAGCCAGCCUGGCAGAGUUCAGACUUUCACGUUCCCAGAGACACAGUUCAUUGCUGUAACUGCCUACCAAAAUACCGAUAUCACACAAUUGAAAAUUGAUCACAACCCAUUUGCCAAAGGAUUUCGUGACAACUAUGACACGAUAUAUACCGGCUGUGACCUUGACCGGCUCACCCCAUCACCCAAUGACUCCCCUCGUUCUCAGAUUGUGCCCGGUGCCCGUUACUCUAUGGCGAGCUCCUUUCUACAAGAUCAGUUCGUCAGCAACUACGCCAAGUCUCGCUUUCAUCCUCCGGGUACGAUGCCUGGGCCUGGCACUGACCGGAGCGUUCCUCACACUAACGGGCUUCUGUCCCCUCAGCAAACCGAAGACCCGGGAGCUCCCUCCCCACAGCGCUGGUUUGUAACUCCUGCUAAUAACCGCCUGGACUUCACCACAGCCUCAGCCUACGAUACGGCCACUGACUUCGCAGGCAACGCCGCCACACUAUUAUCUUAUGCAGCUGCCGGGGUCAAGGCACUGCCACUUCAAGCUGCUGGUUGCACAGCACGCCCCCUAGGCUACUACAGUGACCCCACUGGAUGGGGAGCGCGGAGCCCACCUCAGUACUGUACCAAGUCCGGCUCAGUGCUCUCCUGUUGGCCACCAGGGGGUAGAAUGGGAACUACUAACCCCUACCUGACUGGGGCAGAUGAUGCUGAAAGCCUUGCAAAUGCCGAAAGGUCCCCUUUGAGCGAGGACACGAAACCGAAGGACCUGUCUGACUCUAGCUGGAUCGAGACACCACCUUCUAUCAAAUCUAUGGACUCCUCAGACUCCGGAAUCUAUGAGCAGAGCAAGAGGAGGCGGCUCUCCCCUGCGGAUCCUGCAGUCUCUGGUAGUUCUUCUCCUCUGAAAAGCGAAACUCUUCCCUCUAGAGACUGUGAGAAAAACUGCGUCAAGGACUUGGGCUAUUAUGGUUUUUACACUCAUACCUAA